GUUCAGUGUUAGACAAACUUUGUGACAUCACCGUGUCUUCGAUCCGAUUCUGGGGUCUGAGUGAUCUGAAAUCAUUCGAGUGAUAAUCGAACAAUAGUUAUAUAGUGUGAUAAUCGACAUGCUGCUCUCAAUGUGUCUCUAUAGAAGAGUUUGUGCAAAAUACAAUCCAAUCCCCAAAUUUCUUAUUCCUGUUUUCACACACUAUCCUUCAAGCAACGUGCCUACCGUAUAACCUAUCAGUCUUUAGAAACUUUACCUUUUAUUCAGUUAAUGGUUUCAAAUUUUUGGUGUUGAAUUAUUGUGGACAAAAUACUUAUGUGAGGACUUUGAGUGAGAAUGGCUGAAGCCAAUGAUUUACCAGUGUGCAUUCAUGUCGGCAUUGGGAUCGAUGAUGACCUGAGGCUGAUUCUUGACAUGGACCCCUCUUUAAUGGACCUACCUCCUCAAAAAGACCUCAUCAGUUCUCCUGCUGUCAUAAGUCCUCCAACAUUCAAGACUUCUACUUCUACGUCACGAACAAAUUUGAAACUUCAGUUGAUGAGAGAACAACAACAACAACAGGAGAAAAGAGCUGCGCUUGCAAAAUCCGAAGUCAGAAAACAUAAUAACUGUAAUACAACAGCUAUACCUCAAACUCUAAAACACGCAGACCUACCUGGUUUUGGACUUCAAGUGCCACAAAAAGUCUUACGGGUUCAAACUGCACUUGAAAACCCUACUCGCUAUCAUGUCAUGCAAAAACAGAAGAACCAGGUGCGUCAAUUCAUUACUGAAACCAUGCAGAAUCCCAACGUUAUGCAAAUGGAAACAAAUGCAAGAGAUAACAUCGAAAAAUCGGUACUUAAGCCACCAAUUCCACCCCCUAUGAUCAGCGCACAACAACCUCAGAUUAGUUCAAGACUUGGGAACGUGCCGUUAACGUACAGUGGUGGUCAAAGCAAUCAAUUAUUGGGCCUAAUGUGUGAUAGACAUCACAAUGAAUUCGCGCCAAAUAAAAUAGUCCGCUCUCCUGUUGGAAAUCACCAUUUGUCUCAUACAAGCACUGCUAGUUCAGAAUCAGCCAUCAGUUCAAUAGCUACAACUCCAUCAGAGGUUCAAAAUGAAUACGAGGUUUCCAUGAUCCAGCCUUCACAGAAGCGUUUUACACCACUGCAACCCAUGAUGGAUAGUUCACUGGACCUGGAAGCAGAUAACACCAAUAAGCCGUCCAGAAAAGUGCUUACAAAUAAUGAUGCGAGUCCAGAAUCAGCUAUUAGUUCGAUUGCUACAAGCCCUUCUGAGGCGGAGGAGUUCUUCGAAGAUUUUCUAUCAAAUGUCGGAAACUCGAUAAAUCCUGAAAAUCUCAAAACAUCGCAAUCUUUGACUCUACCCGAUCUUGAUGCGGAUAACACAGAAAUGUACAUUGACCACCUGAUCUCGCUGAACUCGGGAUCCUCCGCCCCGGAUCCAAUCAAAGCCGAGCCUCCUCAAUACUCGGAAGCCGACCUUCAUGCCUUGGCAAAGGACCGUCAGAAAAAAGAUAAUCACAACAUGAUUGAACGAAGGAGAAGGUUCAACAUAAAUGAUCGUAUCAAGGAGCUUGGAACGCUUCUACCAAAGAACAAUGAACAGUAUUUUGAGGUAGUGAGGGACUUCCGACCCAAUAAAGGAACGAUUCUAAAAUCUUCUGUUGAGUAUAUAAAAGCUCUGAAGCAAGAAGUCCAAAAACUGAAGCAAAUGCAAUUUAAAACCGUAGAGCUUGAGACUGAAAACGAGAUACUUUGUAGUCGUGUAAAGAUGCUGGAGAACUUGGCAAAAUCACAUGGUCUUCCUUUACCUGAAUACUCGUGGCAGACCUCUUCAGAGAGUAUUUCAAGCACUUCAUUCCUGAAGAAUAGCCUGGCAGCGUUGCGAAAGAGCACGGACUUGCUGUCUGAACUGAAUCCCCUGUCUUCGGUGGAUGAUUUGAUGGACGACGAACAUGGAGUGGUCAUGAGUGGGGGAGACGAUCCCAUGCUCAGCUCCAGUUCCCCCCUGCCCCACCUGCCUCUCCCGCCCUCCCCCCUGUCGUCGGACAUCGAUAUGAUGGUGCCCCCCGAUCACUUAUAAUUAACAACUUAUUGACAUUCAUGUUACCUGGGCUAGUUCGAGUUGUUCAUCCAAAGUAUUAUGUUCUCGAAAAUUUGCCAGAGUCUUCUGUGAAGAUGACUAGGAAAUUUAUUCAUACUAUUUUCAAUUAUUAUUAUUAUUAUUAUAAGAACCACGAGAUUGUUCCAGAGUCUAUUUUAAACACUAUUUUCGAUUAUUAGUCAUAAGACAGUGCUCCAAAGUAAAAAUAUUAUUGGAUUUCAAAAUUAUCAUUGUUGUGUCAUUCAAAAUAUUACAUAAAUAGUUGGCGUUUCAGGUUUAUAAGAACCACGAGAGUCUAUUUUAAACACUAUUUUCAUUUAUUAGUCAUAAGACAGUGCUCCGGAGUGAAAAAUAUUAUUGGAUUUCAAAAUUAUGAUUCUUGUGUCAUUCAAAAUAGUAGAUAAAAAUAGUUGGCGUUUCAUGUUUGACCACAUUUUGAAUAGAUUCAAUCUAUUUUGGAUUAUUAUAAAAAUCAUGAGAUAGUUUAUUAUUUCAACACUCAUAAUUCAUUUCAAACUAUCGAUUGGAAUUAUUUUCAUUGAUAAAAAUCAUAGGAGUGUGCUGCUCCUUAGUUGAAAUAUUAUGCAAGUUUCAAGUAUAUGGUAACACUCAGAAUAAUUACACCAAAUUCAUUCAUAACUAUAUUGAGUUGAAUUAUUUUUAAUUAUUAAAAUUGAGAGCUGCUAAAAUAGAGCGCUCCUGAUAUACCAAAAUGAUCACAAUAAGAAUAUUUGCAAUGUAUUUUUAACUAUUUUCAAUGAUUAGUCAUAAAAGUGCUUCAGUGUGAAAAUAUAAUUGGAUUUUAUAUGAUUGUGGUGUCAUUGAAUAUAGUUAAUUUUAUCCAUUUCAAAAUGUUGUAAUGAUAAUGUUUGAUAAAUUAAUAUAAACAUAAUAAUAUUUCAGAGUAAACAUAUCAUUUGAGUUACAAAUAUGGCCAAAUUGAAAAUACGUAGGUACGUAGGUUGAAUUCAUUUUCAACUAUAGAUUUAAGUAAUUUCCGUUCAAAAUGUCUGAAAUUAAAGAGAGAAUGAAUGAUUGAUCCAUUAAUGAAUCAAUAAAUAUUGUAUCAUGUUAUCAUCCAUAUUUUAUCAUAUUUGAUUCAAGUUAUCAUAUAUAUCAUCAAUUUAAUCAUUUUUAAAAGUAGCCUAUUGUGAGAAACUUGAAAGUUUUAAUAAAUUUUUUAAAUUAUAUUCCAUAUUUCUGCCAUAAACUAGAGGCUACUCUACUUUCAUUUAUUGCACCUCCAAUGUUCUACAAUGAAUUUUCAAUGUUUUGGUAGUCAAUAAAAACUUCAAAUAACUUUAAUUUAAUCAGUUUUCAUGGAAUUAUAAAAAACAAAUAAAAAUUAUUCAUUUCUGUACGGUAUAAAUACAAUAGCAAGAAAUACAUGUCAAUCACAGUCGUCAAACCAUUGUUUGUACUAAAAUGAAAAUCAAGAUUUAAAAUUCUACAAUUCCGGUACUCUUUAGUAUUACAUGAUUACAUAUUGAUCCAUCUCUUUUUCACUGUUGAAUACAAAAUUUAUUUGAACAAACUUUGUAAUUAUUUUUCGGAUUUGAAGUUUAAUUCAAUCGAUAAAAUUUGCGAGUAUCACUUGGAAAAAUUGCUGUGAAAAACGAAUACUUCUAACAUCAUCUUCAGAAGUAAACAUGUAGGAAUUUAUUUGUAGUUCAAAUCUUCAGCCAUAGUUUAAUUACAAUAAGCAAUAUUUGAGGCCUUAAAAAUGUAUAAGAUUUUUCAUAAAAGCAAUGAAAUGUAUGUUUUGUAUAGUUAACAAUAAAUGACUUUAUAGCCUGUUGUGAGUUCAAAAUCCUAUGAUAAUUAUGUAUGAUUUUAAAAGGUAGUUUGAUUCUAUUAUAUCGUCUUCUGGAGUUCCAUUUUUCUGAAAAAUCGGCUCCGUGCAACACAUGAAUCAGAUGGGGCAGUCAAACCAUACAAUAUUCACAAAUCUCGUCGUUGGUGGAAGAAGUCAGAAAUCAAAUGUAGGAAACAUAAAAAUAAUAACACUAUGAUUUAUUAUUUAAAAUAAUUUUGAAUACCUACCUAACUCAAAAGAAUUUUAUUGAAGCCAAUAUUAGACUAUUAUUCAUAUUAAGACCUUAGCCUUUUUAUUCUUGUAAAUUGGAUAUUGGAUUCAGAUUGAUCGAAUUUAUUAUUAUGCUUGUAAAAAAUAUCCCUUUUUCUAUUUAAUUUGUGAAAUCCUGGGUUUUUAAUAAUCAUCUACUUGAUGAUCUUGGUUUCCUUUUACAGUUACAGAAGAGAAUAUUUUUUGUGGAAUUUCUUUAAAAAGUUGUGAAUAGGACAUUCAAAUCAAAUCUCCAAACCACUACUAUAAUUAGAAAGAUGUAACAUAGUGUGAUAAUAAAUAUAGGUUGAAGGAAAUAAUAACUUUUCUCUUCAUGGCUACUAAAAUUAUUGGAACAGAAUAAAAGUUAUCAUGUACGACUGAGUCAUUGUCAAUAUUGUAGAACCGUUCCAUAAUUGAAUAAAAGCACACAUAUGUUGUCAAAUUCUACACUGUUUUAUUCGGUACACGACCAUGGUUUCGUGAAAACUUGUCAACUUGAAAAUGUGACCGGUGUGGUCACGAAACCAUGGUCGUGUACCGAAUAAAACUGUUUAGAAUUUGACAACAUAUGUGUGUUUUUAUUCAGUUAUCAUGUACCUUUUUCUAUAUUAUUGGAAUAAAACUCUAAUUUCAAUAAUUAUUUAAUUUUAUUGAAAUACAAAAGGGUAUUAUUGAUGAAUUUCAUUGUGUUUCAAGUUGAGUAAAUGUAUACCUGAAUGACAUUUCAAUCAAAUCAAUAUUUCCACCAUUCAUGGUGAUUGGACAGAAUAUACUUUUCCAUUUUUUACCAAUAUCACACUACUCUAAUAAUUUUCAACUGGUUACUAAAUUGUUAUAACUCACUCAUGUUUUACUUUUCUCAGGUACUUUCUCAGUUCAGUUUGACUGCCCAAUUCUGUAUGAUGAUAUAACUCUAUUGACAAUAAUUGAUUUAUUGGAUGAACAAAUUAUAUUAUUUAUCAAUAAUAUUGCACUUUAUAUAAUGAUUAUAUUGACAACAAGUGUAAAAUGUGAAUUAUAUAUUGAGCAGUCGAUUCCCACAACUGAGAGACAAGCAAUAAACAACAAGCAAUAUCAAUAAAAAUUGAAUUGGACAUUGAAACUGAAAUUCUAACGUUAUAAUAAUUAUUUUAUAAUAUAAUUUUUAAUAUGUCUUACACUUUAUCUCAAAAGCAUGCAUAUGCAUGUUUCUCUAUCCUUAUGUAUAGCAUUUUCAAAAUAAACGUCUCAGAAUAUUUUUGGACAAUUGAUAUCUAAAUUUGGGAAAGUAACAGUUUUGAGCUUUAAGCCUGUUGUUCCUUUCCCAAUCAUUCAUAGUUUAGAAUGAUAUUGUAUGCAUCAAUGUACAAAUAAAUAAAUAAAUAUUAUAUGAUGAAGGAUUGGGACAUAAUGGGUUCACUACUGUACCACAUGUCACGGUGUGAGCUAUUUUAGAACAAAUUUCCUAUGGCUCUUAGAAUCGAUUGCAUUGUUGAGAAAAGUUUUAAUUGAGUUACUAGCAACUCUGGUAAUAAAACCUAUUAUUGCGCUAGACAUAAGCAUUUGAUAAAGUGUGGUACUGAAAAUAAACAGGAAUGCAGUACCUACUUAAAUAAUUUGAAUUAUGUGAUUUCUCACUUACAGAGCAAUCUCUUGUAAUCCACACACCCAAAAAUAAGCAAUAUCUUGAGAUAAAAUGAUUGUAAUGAAAUAGAAUUGAUCGAUGUGUCUUACAUUAUAAAUGAAUAUUGAAUUAGCAUAUUUUAUACUUAUAUUAUGAAAAAUUUGUUUGAAAAUGAUAUUAAUUAGUUACCUCAUUGUUAUCGAAAUUUCAAAAACUUUUAUGUUGUAGUUAGAAGUGAAAUUUGUAUAGGAGUUUAGUGAUAUGCUAUUCUUAAUCGUUUAAUAAAACACUUUGUUGAAUUGAAA